UUUUGACAUCCCCCCCCCCCCCCCCCCCGCUUCAGCGUGGACGAGUAGACGGCAACACUGAAAACCUCGGGGCCAACCCACCACCAUGGGCGGCGGCGGCGGCGGACGCGACGAGCCUCCUCCGGGGAGCUCGGCGAACGGCGGCGAGUUCCUCCUGUCCCUCCUCCGCCGGCCCCACCAUCCCCAGCCCCAGCUCCAGCACCCGCACCCGCACCCGCAGCCCCAGCCGCUGAACCUGACCCUCGACCCGGCCGUCGCCGCCGUCGGCCCCACGAUCGCCUUCCCCGGGCCGCCCCCCAACGGCCACGAUUUCUCCUCCCCGCCGCCGUGGCCACCCCACCACGGCCACCACCACCACCACCACCACGCCGCCGCCGUGUCGCCUCCCUCUCUCUACCCGCACGGCUUCUUCGGGCUCGCUCCCCCCGGGGGGAGCCAGUCGCCCGCGAAUCAUCACAAUCAGGGACUUCCGCUCGACGAUUUCAGGAGACUGGGGCUCGGAGGGUUCGACGAGAGAGGGGUUGCCCCGCACAAUCUCGCUCAACAGCUGAAGCAACUGCAACUGCAGCAGCAGCAGCAGCAGCAGCGGGCGCAGCAGCUGCAGCGCCAUCAGCAGGAGCAGAGUCUGCAGUUUGGCUCUAUUCCUCCUAAAAUUAUACCUUCCGAGGUCGUUUCGAUUAAAAAUUCGGUUUUUGAUUCUGCAAGAGAGCCUAACAUAGGUUCCGGUAGUAGAAGCAGUGAUAGGUUUGAGAAGAAUAGGCAGUUUAAUCUGCGAGGGAAUUCGAGCGCUAAUGUCAAUGCUCCUCGGCGUGGGAAUAGCGAGCUUGGUGAGCGGGAGAGGCGAGCGGUCGGUCGGGGAAAGCAGAACCACGUGGGGAAUGAUAGGCAUAUGCCGCCAGGGUUCCCGGCGAAUCCGAGCGGGAGAGGGAAUUCGGGUCUUGGUAAUAGGAGAACAGAUUUUGAGCGCAAUGUGGAUGGGGAAAAGAAUAAUCGGAGUGAGUGGAAUCGUAGGAAUGUGAGUUCAAGUGACGGGGAUGUGAUAGCGAGGAGAUUUCAGUUCGAUGAUCAUAGAAUGCCUAGCAGAAAUUCAGGGGGGACGCAGCUCAGCGAGCAGCUUGAUCGCCCUGGUCCACCUACUGGGAGUAACCUUCGGUCAGUUUCUGCCUCGAACGUAGAGGAGUCUGUUGCUCUGCGCUCUGCAGCUGCUGAGAACGACGGCAAAGGUGAAGGGGAAGGAGAGGGGGUCGCGAUGAGGAGAGCCGGUAAAGUAGGUGCUGAUGAGCUUGAUGAUUUGCUUGAGGACGAAGUUGAUGAGAAAAACGAGAAAAAGCAGCACCGGAGUCAUCGAGAAAAGGAUUUCAGGUCAGAUUCCAGAGGACAAAGGCUGCUUACACAGCGAAUGAGGAUCUUUAAAAGCUCAAUGGAGUGUCGCUGGGACAUAGACAGGCUGAAUGCUCCCUUUCUUGCAAUUUAUGAUUUCUUGAUACCACCUGAAGAAGAAAAGGCUAAGCAGAAGCAGUUGUUGACAUUGUUGGAGAAAUUAGUCAGCAAAGAGUGGCCAGAAGCUAAGUUAUACCUGUAUGGAUCAUGUGCCAGCUCUUUUGGGGUUUGCAAGAGUGAUAUUGAUGUGUGCCUUGCUAUUCAGGAUGCCGACAUUGAUAAAUCAGAGGUUAUACUGAAAUUAGCAGACAUAUUGGAAUCAGAUAAUUUAGAAGAUGUGCAGGCACUAACACGUGCUAGGGUCCCCAUAGUAAAGCUUAAAGAUCCAGCGACAGGAAUAUCUUGUGAUAUAUGCAUUAACAAUGUCUUGGCGGUUGUUAAUACGAAGCUUCUGCGAGAUUAUGCCCAAAUAGAUGUGAGAUUGCGGCAGUUGGCAUUUAUUGUGAAACAUUGGGCGAAAUCCAGAGGAGUAAAUGAAACUUAUCAAGGCACAUUAUCCAGCUAUGCGUAUGUGCUGAUGUGCAUUCACUUCUUACAACUACGUAGACCUGCUAUUCUUCCAUGCUUACAGGAGAUGGAGGCAACGUACGCUGUCACUGUUGAUAAUAUAGAAUGCGCUUUCUUUGAUAAAGUGGAGGAGCUCUGUGACUUUGGAUCACAUAACAGGGAAACCAUUGCGCAGUUGGUGUGGGCAUUUUUUCAUUAUUGGGCAUAUCGUCACGAUUACACAAAUACCGUCAUAUCCGUUCGCACCGGGAGCUUGCUCAGCAAGCGGACUAAGGACUGGACAAGGAGAAUCGGGAACGAUCGGCAUCUGAUCUGCAUAGAAGAUCCAUUCGACGUCUCGCAUGACCUGGGAAGAGUCGUGGACAAGUUCAGCAUCAAAGUACUGCGGGAGGAGUUCGAACGUGCCGCCGAGAUCAUGCAGUAUGAUCCGAACCCCUGUGUGACGCUGUUCGAACCAUACAUCGCCUCAUGAACGCGGUGCUUAAUUUAAGCCAGGUUGAUAAUGUAAAUUUCGUGCAUCUUAUCUAACCUGUAAAGCCAGCCCUCUCUUUCUAGAUUUUGAUUGGGACCUUGCCUUUGUUCAUAGAGUCUGUAUUCAAAGUAUGAUUGCCUUUUUCUAGUUUUUGCUUGCGGACUUCUACAUGAAGGUUUUUAUUGGGUUGUGUCAAUUGUAAUAUUCAUAAGACUAAUCUACAUAAAAAGCCGUUUUAGAAUAA